UCAUUUAUUUGAAAGUUGACAGCGCUUGACGGUGUUUCCAGCUCGGAAUAUAAAAAUGAGCUAACAGCACAGCUGUUAUACAGCUGUUUCAAUACAACAAAAUAUAGUGAAAUACGAAUAAAAAUAAAACGACGAAAGUAAAAUCAAAAAAUGAAUUUGGAGUAGUUUUAGUAGCUGUUAUUAAGAAACACAGAUUAUUACGAAACUUAAGAGCCUAAAAAAAUAAAUACAUCAACUUUGAUUUUCAUAUAUAAAAUAAUAAAUUAUUAAUUAUGUUGAUAGACCUCUUUUAAUGAAAUAAUUUUAACUACUCUCGAAAAUUUUGUUGAAUAAACUAAGAAAACUGCAUGAAAAAUAAACAUGCUUACUCUUUUCUAUGCAAGUGCGACAUUUUUGCAAUCAUGGCGUAUUAAAAGCGUUUGUUGUAAAAUAGCUGAUCAAUUGGCACAGCCAGCGAGUGUUGCGUUCUACGUUUUAUCCCCUAACAAUGAUGGAUUUGAUGCUAACUUGGCUACGUCUGAUCUAUGUACCAAUCGAAAAACUGCAAAAGUUGCUGAAAUUUUGUGGCUUAUGGGUAACUUAAGAGGAUGUAGCAUACGCCCAAUACAAUCAUUGAACAUAACGCCUUGGAUUUCUUUUUCUUCAAACUCAAAUUGUAUACCGUUUGCAUAUAAACGUAUUCCGGCAACUUCUCUUUAUUUAGCUAACAAAAAAAAUUUAUUUCACUUGCUAAUAGAAGCUGACGUGCAAUUACAUCCGAAACGUGAUAAUAACCAAGAAGAUAUUCAGAUUGAAGAUUAUGGCAAACUUAUUGCUUGGAAGAUUGAUUCUCACCUAGCUGUGUUAAUUGAAAUAGAUGUUGAAAAUUUCACUAAAUUGUUGAUUUCAACCUUUCUACAAAAUAAUUUAUUUAUUAAUGAUCAACUAUUAAUGCUUAGGAUUGAAACUGUAACGUAUGACGGAAAGCCGCAGCCAUUUGAACUUUUAUCUGGGCAUUUGCGUAAAGCAACACGGGCCACUACACAACAACUUAACGCAAAAGAGUGGCAGAAACAUUUGGAUGAUUUAAGAGCAUUAAGUAUUUUAGCAAAUCAAGCGACGGAAUUUGAAUAUAAAAAGAAUCUUACUGAAGGCAAAACGGGUGUUAUAAAGCCCGAUUUAAUACCAACCGAACAAAAAUCCAUUGAAUUAAGUAAUGUAACAGAAACAAGAGCAUCAGCUAAAGAAACAAAAACAACAACAUAUUCUUCUAAAAAAGAAUUGAAAGAUAUUCAAUUGUUAGAUGUAAAAAAAGAAGAAACUAAAGGCUCUUCCAAUAAAUUAGCUAGUACAUUUGAAAAAACAAAAGAUAAACCCACUGAUAUACAAAAGCCAAAGGAUACAGUUUUAAAUACAAAAUUAAAUGCACAGAAAGAUAUUGAAACGACUACACUUUCUGAUACUGCUCAACAAUCUUCUCCUGCAAUUAAAUCCAAAAAGAAAUUGGAAAUUUCAGUAAGUGAACUUGAAAAAAUUGCCAGCGCUACAGUUUUAUCAUCUAACGAUAAAGCGAAAAUUCCUGUUAUAUCUGAUAAUCAAUCUAUGGUUGAAUUAAAGUCUGAUAAUGAAAGUUUUGUUUCAUCACUGAAGGAAAAAAAUGUAUCCACAGUAACAUUAAUGUCAAAUGAACCUAAUAAUGAUGAUAUUAAACAUUCGAAUACAAAAAUAAUUAAAAACAAUUCCAAACAGGGUAAGCCUUUAAAUAUUUUGGUUUAUGCAGAAAGUCCUAGUGCCAGAGAGAACGCUUUAACAACCUUGAAAGACAUAUUGGAAAUUGACUUAUAUACAGUCUAUGCUAUGACUACAGAGCAAGUGGAAAAAAAAUUUUGGGUUGAUAAUACAGCAUUACUUGUUGUAUGCGGCACAGUGGCUUUAAAUAUCGGCGAGAUUUUUGUAGACUAUUUCUUGCAUGGCGGUAGAGUUUUGUCUCUUUGUUCUGAUAUUUUACAUUUCAUAUUACCAACUUAUCGUACUGCUGAAGUGCGAGAACAUGAGCUAGUUCAGUUUUCCUAUAAUAAAUGGCCCAAAGUUAAUAUGAUGCAUCACAUCUUCUGCUACCAACCGUCACCGGUUAAAAAGAACUUUUCAACCGACAGUGAUGAUUCAACUCUGCAAAGUGGAAAAAAGCCAGCUCUAGUGUGUCCAAGGUCAAUUGAACUGAAAGAUCUGCAUGGUGAAGUACAUAAUCUUGAUGUCAAAGUCUUAGGAACAGAAGAGACUUGGAAUACUCCUAGUUUGUUAUUAGCAAGUAGUGAUAUUAGCGGCGGGAAAGCUGUAUUCUCCCAGGUUCAUCUUGAAACUAAUCCAAAUCAGUUCGAGACUGAUGAAACAAAGUUUUUUAUUUUAAAACAAAAUGAAAGCUUUCGUUUAGAAAUACUUGGGGACUUACUUAUGACUUAUUUAAAUAUAAAUGUUAAACAAAAUAUUUCUGCACAACUUGGAGCGAAAAAUCAUUGUAUUUUUAAAAACGCCUAUUUUCUUGGUCACCAUGAGGCUAAGUUUCAGCUUCUUGAGAAAUUGAAACCUAAAUUCACUUCAGAAAAUACACUUAAUACAUCUAAAUUAACAAUGAAGUUUUUUAACAAAGGAGAAAAUCCUGAAAAUAUUAAUAUAAAUGAGCUUCCAAUACUUAUUCAUUCCUGCCCAGAUGAUUUCUCUACAGUGGAUUAUUUCGAUUGCUUAAAAACUAAAUACAUUGGUCGACUUGUUAUUUAUGCCCCGAUAAUUAAUAGUUCAAUGAAUAUAAUAAAUGAACUUGAUUUGACAAAUGGAAUUGCGAUUUUGCCACGUCAACAAACGGAAGGAGUUGGACGGAGCAAUAAUCAGUGGUUGAGUCCAAUUGGCUGUGCUAUGUUCUCAUUACAAUUGCAUAUAUCCUUAAAUUCAAAUCUGGGAUCGCGGCUGCCUUUAAUACAACACAUCAUUGGCGUAGCUAUCGUAAAUGCUUUAAAAACACAAAACCUUUAUAAGGACCUUGAAAUAAGUAUCAAAUGGCCAAACGAUGUUUAUGCAAACGGAGUCAGUAAAAUUGGAGGUCUUAUUAUAAAAACGACAAUAUUUGGUUCAAAUGCUGUUGUUAAUGUUGGAUGUGGUAUAAAUCUUAAUAAUUCAAAACCUACUAUUUGUAUAAAUGAUUUGAUUAAUGAGUUCAAUAGAGAAAAUCACAAGAAUUUACCACAUUUAAGAUAUGAAACUUUCAUUGCGCUAAUUUUUAAUGAAAUCGAAAAAAUCAUCGAAGACGUACAGUCAGGACAUUUUAAAGACUUUUAUGAAUUAUACUACAGGUUAUGGUUACAUAACCAACAGAUAGUUACAAUUCUGGACAAAAAUGGUACAAAGGAAAGAGCUAAAGUUGUUGGGAUUGAUGAAUGUGGAUACUUGAAAGUCGAAAAUUCCAAUAGUUGUAUAAUCACUGUUCAACCUGAUGGCAAUAGUUUUGACAUGCUUAAGGGCUUGAUCGUACCUAAAUACAAUUAAAUUAAGAUUAUACGAUUUUUUGAUGACAUAUGCAAUUAUAAUUAUUUUAUGAGAAUAUUUAAAUAUAUAUUGUUGCAUUUAAUUUGUAAUUACUCAACAACAAUAAGCUUUAAGAAGAUUUAAAAAAUUAAUUGCGUUUUAAAUGAUAAUUAAAAAAACCAUGUUUUAUUUAAUUUAAUACCGUGGACUGCCAUUUAUCAAAUUAUAACUUUUCAAAUAGUUAAUAUUAUACACAUAUUGAUCUUAUGUAUUCAGCAUUAAUAU